GGCAAGAUGUCCGUGGAGCCUUGGAGAAUCCCAUGGUGGAUACAAGUAUGUUGGAAGAAUUCAUCAGUAAUGAUGUAGAGUUUGGAACUUUGCAAAGCCAGUUGCCAGACUCCCCACCGGACUCUGGAUCGGAACCGUGUUCUCCGCCACAUCUCCAGAGAACUGUUAAGGACUGUGCUGCUGAAGUGCAAGAGUAUGACAACGAUGGGCAGAAUGCAGCUUUGGAAAAAUGCUGUCAAGCUCUAACAUGGCAACCAUAUCAAACUUCUCAGUGGAACAGCUUAUUUAACUCUAAUUAUGAAAAACUACCCGCUAUAGGAUAUCACAUUGUCACAGAUAAAGGAUUUAAUUUUUCAGUAACAGAUGAUGCUUUUGUGUGUCAGAAGAAGAAUCAUUUCCAAAUCACGGUCCAUAUUAGAAUCACUGGACAUCCAAAAUAUGUCAAAACUCAGCUAGGGGGGAAACCAAUAGAAAAGUUUUACUUGAAAGCUUUUGGAAUAAAGGUGGAAGCUCCAAAUCAAACAAUUGCUAUUGAACAGUCUCAGUCAGAUCGAAGCAAAAAAACUUUCCAACCCGUUAAAGUUGAUCUGCCAGGGGACCAGGUAACUAAAGUAACACUGGGAAGGUUGCAUUUCAGUGAAACAACAGCAAAUAACAUGAGAAAAAAGGGGAAACCUAAUCCUGACCAGAGAUACUUCAUGCUGGUAGUUGGACUGUAUGCUGUCUCUCAGGACCAAUUCUACCUACUGUCUGCGGGUGUCUCUGAAAAGAUCAUUGUGAGGGCAUCUAACCCAGGGCAGUUUGAGAAUGACAGUGAUGGACUGUGGCAGCGAGGACAUGUUCCAGAGACGACAGUCUAUCAUGGUCGAGUAGGAAUUAACACAGAUGCACCAGACGAAGCACUGGUUGUCUGUGGAAAUGCAAAAGUUAUGGGCAGAGUCAUGCAUCCAUCUGACAGCCGAGCAAAACAGAAUAUCCGGGAGGUCGAUACGAAUGAGCAGUUGAAAAGAAUAACACAAAUGAGGCUGGUGGAGUAUGACUACAAGCCUGAAUUUGCAUCUGUUAUGGGAAUAAAAAAUACCCAUGAAACAGGAAUAAUAGCCCAGGAAGUGAAGGAGCUUUUACCUGAAGCUGUUAGAGAAGUUGGAGACGUUGCUUGUAAUGAUGGAGAAAAAAUAGAAAACUUCCUCAUGGUUGACAAG